GGGAGUCCAGCUGGGCCAGAGCUGGAGUGUGCGGUGGGGUCGGGCCGGGCAGGGCCCAGGGCCCUCUCAGGCACCGACGGGACGCGCUCUUCCCUCCGCAGGGCGUAAGGAUGCAGCCGCCGGCGAAAGAGGCCGGGCGCAAGGGCCCGCGGGAGCGCGCCGGGAAAGGCGCGCCAGGCGCAAGGCCCGGGAAGGAGCGCGCCAAGGGGGCGCCCGCGGCGGAGCCCCCCAAGCCUGGCUGGACCCUGACGCUGGAGGGGUUGGCGGCUAUGCUCCCCGCGCAGCGCCACCGCCACCUGCUCUUCGGCGACCUGCUAGAGGACGUGGGCGCAGCCGCCUCCAUCUUCCCGCGCGAGUCGGCGGAGCUGCGGGACCGCAUGCCCGACCCGCGCGCGUGGGCCCAGUCGCUCGAGCUGCCGGCCGAGCGCCAGAACCGGCUCCUCGGAGUCCUCAAGGCAGCGGAGGCCCGCGGGAGAGUCCGCGCCCUGCGGCUGCGCUACACCCGCAUGCGGGAGGAGGAGAUCUCGCUCCUCAUCCAGCGGCAGAAGUCCGCGCGCGCCGCCAUCCGGCUCGAGCUAUUUCUGCCGCCGCAGCUAAAGCCCACGCGGAUCCCGGACCCGCUGGACGGCCAGGAGGUGCCGGCAAGCCCGGGAAGGGGCGGAGAGGCCCCCCCCGCCACCCCACACACCUGGCGCCAGCCUCUCUCCCCCGCAGCGGAGGCGCGUGGAGACCAUCCUGGAGGAGAGCGAGGGGAGCAUCUUCCCGCGGUGACGGCGACCUGGAGUGUGCAGCCGCGCCCCACCCUUCCGCAUAAAGUUCUCAUUCUCCGUUCUCCGAGGGCUCUCUGGUCUUUCUGCUUCCCCCCCCCAGGAUCCCGCCCCCGGAGGCCAGCCCUUCCCCCCACACCUGACUCUUCACCCUUCCUGGGCUGUUGA